AUGAUGUCCGAUAACGAAGUAUAUGUCCAAAACUGGAUGGACAACCAAAAGCCUGAAAUACUUUUGGAAGAGAAAGGUGGUACGCCCCUGAUGUCUUCCCACGCACCAACUGAAUCCACUUGGAUGCGUGGUAGAAGCUACAUGGAGCAGGAAGCCCAGUUUGCCACGUUUACGAGCGAGGUGGCCCGGGCCAAAGAGAAGAAGAUCAUGCAAGAUGAAAUCAACAGGAUGUCCCAACACAUCCAAACCCUGGAGAGAAAAGUGAAGGAUCAGCAGCAGAAUCUGGAGCAGAAGAAUCAAUGCAGCACAGAUAACGAAAAAGCCAUCAUGAAUCGAGAAACGGCGCUCCUGAAAAACAUCACACGGCUCAACAAUAACCUGACCGAGAAGAGUGAGAAGGUGGUGAAGCUACUACAGGAUUUAGCUGAUGUGAAAAGUCAGCUAUCUCAGAAAGAGUCUGGCCUUCUCCAUGAAAAAGAACAAAGGGACAGGUUUAGGGCUGAGUUCGAAGCUCAAAAGAAGGAAUGGGCUUCGGAGAAAGCAAAGUUGGUGGCUGAGACAAAGCAAUUGCGUGAGGAAAACCGGGAACUGGUGAACCAAGCCAGUCAGCUGCAAAGAGAUAGGUGCCAAAAGGAAAGGUUUUUCUCCUGUGAAAGAGAUUAUCUAAAAAGGCAGCUUGCUGGUGUUCAGUCAUUCCCCAAACAGGCGACAGUCCAAGCUACAGCCACAAAAAGCAACGCAGAAUUGCCCUCCAUUUUGAAAGAGGAGGCGACUCUGAAAAAUAGGAUAACCCUGCUUAAGGACCUUACCCAGAAGUGUAAGAAGAUAGAAGAGUUGGAGCUGUAUGUUACGCAGCUGCUCAGCAAGAAUGAGAAAUGGAAAGAGCGGUUUAAAAGUUAUUUCAAGAAAAUGGACGGUGAGUUUAGAGAGCAGCAUGAGUUAUGGGAAAAGGACUGUUCAAAGAAGAAUGACGAGAUUGAACUGCUGAGAAAGAGAAUAGUCUCGCUUCAAGACAACUUUACAACUAAAGAAUUUUACUGUGAGAAGUUGGAACGCAAGUUGAAAGAAAGACAAGAGGUCUGGGCCAAGGAGAAGUUAGAACUGGAACAAGGUCGCUCCAGAAACGUUCACAAAAUGGACAAGUUGCAAAGUGAGAUUGAGAGCCAGAGUCAUGAUAUAGAGAAGAAGAAAUUUGAAACACAACUGCUGCACGAAAAAGUUCUUAAACUCCAAGAGGACUUAGAAACAGCGCAGAAAAAGAACCAGAAGGAAGCAGAUUCCAAGUUAGCCGAGCAGCAGCAGUGUUGGGAUAGAGAAAAACGCAAACUCGAGAAUCAUUUGAACCAAAAGAAUCACGAGAUCGAGAGGCUACAAACCCACGAGGAGAAACAGCAGAAGAAACUCCUGGAGCAACAAGAGAAAAUCACAGCAGAUUUCCAAAAGUACCACAAAGAGGUUGAGCACAAACUAAACGAGAAACUAGAGUGCGCGAGGAACGGACACAGAGAAUCCGAACGAGAACUGAGCUUAAAGAACGAGAAAAUUGAGUCGCUUCAAAGUGAUAUUGAGAAGCUACAAAGCACAGUUAUCGAGCACCGAGAGAUGAUGGAGACCGAAUGGGAAAUCCAUCGUGAAGAACUGGGUCGUGAGAUGGAAAGGCAGGAGUUUAUAACCCAAGAGAAGCUCAAACUUCAGAAAGAUUGCUCUCGGAAGAGUAGGAAAAUCAAGGCACUGCAAGAGAAAAUAGAAAACCUUCGCGAGAGCUUUGACGCAGACGAGAUGGCUGAGCUAAAAGAGCAGCAGGAGAUGUGGACAAAAGAAAAACUGGAACUGCAAAAUGAGUUGUCCAGAAUUAAUGACAAUGUCAAUGAGUUGCACAGCGAAAUCCACAAGCUUCGCCAGAGUUUGGAAGGCGUGCGACAAGACUGCCUCAACAAGGAGGUCCGAUGGAAGGAGGAGAAGGUUGAGCUUGAGAACCGGAUUAAGGAGAAAACUGAGAGGUUGCAAAAGCUCAAAGAAAAACGAGCACAAGAACGACAACCUCAACCAGCGAUCCAAGUGGUAUCCCAAGAACCACUGCCAUGUAAGAAGUCCAUUCUACAGCUUCCCAUUACAGAAGGCGAAGUAAAAGACGACUCGAUGGACGUGAAACAGAAGAAAAGGCGAAAGAAAAAGUCUAAACAAGACGUGAAAGCUGCAGGGCCUGCCAAAUCUAAAUCUGAAAAUGGAGAAUGGACCUUCUUUACUGCAAAACCCAAUCCAAAAGUGCGUUCUGAUACAGAUGAUACAGACGCUACAAGUGAAGAAUCUGACAUUAAGCGAUUCUCUUCUGGUCAAAUCCCACAAGGGUCUAUGUGCAAUUCUGUACCAGAAAUGCCCCAUAGUCCGAGACAGAUUGGAGACCUCAGUAACAUAAAGCUGCCUCUUCUACCAAAAUCCAGUACCUCAGAUUCAAACAGCAGAUCCAAGAAGUCUAAGAAAUCUGUGAUAACUUUCUCGAGCUGGAGCGACAUAUCUGAGAGCGAUGUAGAUGUUGCCCCAAAGAAGGCAUCCACAACCUCCAUGAACAAAGUGUGCACCAGCAACAGUCCAGACAAACCCAGAGAAGGUUCGAACAAGAAGAAACCAUCGUGGCUUAAACGCAUUGGAAACAUUUUUAAAGGCUUUCCUUAA